AUGGAAAUGCUAAGAAAUACAAGACGAAACGAUGAAAGAUCCCUGCUUGGUGAUGUUCUGAAUGGAAUAUAUCCAGUCAGUCACGACCUUAUUAGCACUGAUGAACAGGUAGUGCGCAGUGGUGAUAGAAUACCAACUUACAGAAUAGCUAUGCUCAGAGUAUGCCAGUUACAGUUGAAAAUCUGUUCAAAGUUAAUGGAAAUAGCUAAACCGACGUCUUCAGACGCGGUUAUUGCUCGUACUUUCAAACCAUCCACGCUCAAAAGACUUGCUGGACGAUCUAUAUUAUGCCAUUCAUGUCAUACUUGUUAUGAUUUACUUGGCUUUCAUCAUAAACCGUAUACUAAUAGUAGUAUUUCGAUCACUGAUAACGUUCAUAAUCAUUGUUUUUAUUAUCAACUAAAGGCUAUGUUGAAAGAGCGAACGGAAAUGGAUUGGUGUGAGAAAAUAAAGGUGAACAAAAAUUUUGAUUCUAGUAAAGCUUAA